AUGAAUGCUUUGCGGUCAGUGAUCAACACAACGGACGUAGAUCCAGCUUGUAGAGGAGCCUGUAAGAAGGCACUUGAAGCCAACGCCUGCGAGCUUGCCAAACAAGUGGACGAGACAAAGUCGAAAUACGCUGACUUUGAAAAGCAAGAAGCGAAGUUGCGAGAAGAGCUAAAAUACGCCAAGGAACAGCAGAAGGAGCUGCAGUCAACGCAGAAGAAAGAGCUAAAGAAACAGAAGAACAAUUUGGGCAAAAGUGCAGGAAAAUGA